AUGCCAGUAACAUACCAUGGCAUUUGGAGACUUUUGUGUACCAUCAAGCAUGCUCAGACAAACUGUCUCUUGACUGCCUGCCAUCCAGGAGCUAUCCAUUGCAAUCUGAAUCCAAAUGGUAUUGAUCAUCCUGUGCCUGCAGAAGGUAUUAAUCUGCAACUUGAAGGUGAAGGAGUUGAAUCGCCCUCUCUUAAGAACACUAGUACUUCAAAAGGGCCUGAGGCAAAAGAGACACCCAAGAGACAGCAAGUGGAACCAGAAAUAUCUAAGUCUGGGACUGUGAAGCUGACCAAGCCUGUGGCAUUAUGGACUCAACAGGAUGUCUGCAAAUGGCUGAAGAAACAUUGUCCUAAUCAGUAUCAAAUCUACAGUGAGUCAUUCAAACAGCAUGACAUAACUGGCCGUGCUUUGCUGAGACUUACUGACAAAAAGCUUGAACGAAUGGGCAUUGCCCAGGAAAGCCUGCGACAGCACAUUCUGCAGCAAGUCCUUCAGCUGAAGGUGAGAGAAGAAGUCCGAAACCUCCAGCUGCUUACACAAGCCCCAGCAGAGAGCUUUCCAUAAGUAUUUCCAGCCUCUAAAGCUGCUGUCCUGCCACUUGAUAUGAAAGUGAACUUUCCUUCAUGAAAAAAAACAUAAUAAAUAGCACUGCCAGAAGGUGACCAUGGAGGAUUGAAGACAAACUUGAAGUAAAAUCAGCCCACUCAAGAUGGUGCACUCUGGGAAGACCUGGUUUGCUGUGCAGUAAAAAUGUGGUGCAUAAUAUCCAGUGCUAAUUUGUUGAAAAAUGGUCAUUGACAGACCUUUAGCUGGAAAAUUACUUCCAGUUCUCAUCACUGUGCAUAACUUUUGAGUUCCCUUUAGGGGACUGUCUAUGCCCUUCACUAGAAGUCCUGUUUUAGCAUGGCAACUACUGGAUUCUUUUAUUAUGUAUGCAGAUGGCAUGAUGUUUUAGGAAAAACUUACAGCAAUUCUCCAAUCUCAGUGGAUAUGUUCACAAUAUUACACCCUGAUAGGAAUGUAAAUGUCUUGUAUAUGUUAGUUUUGCAGUCUAAUGGUAUUCUGUUAAACAGUAUCAGCACUUCAUAUGUUCUUUCUGCACAGAACUAGCACAGCCCAUAUAUAUAAAAUUGUCUUUUUUUCAAAUACUGUGGAUAUGUUUCAGUAUUUGUGCUGAAACUGCAUCCAAACUGAAGUCCACUACUACCAUACUUUCACUGAUUCACAGUAGACUGUGUAGAUAGAUUUGCACGUGGCAGAGGUGUGACUUCUUUUAUCAAGACUUCUAGAACAGCUGUCACAGAGGUAGCCAAGAACAGGGUAGGUUGAAUGAGCUGAAGGACACUGUGUCUGUUCUCCCUCUUAUCCACCAAAUGACAAAAGGUUCUCGUUUCUACUCUGCCCGUGUGUUUUCUUGCUUUGUGAGGGAGAGGCAAGGGAGAGGACCUUUUUUAGAGAUGUGUGUGACCCUGGGUUUGGUCUGCGAUAAAACCAGAAUAAACUGGAA